GAAUUUAGAAGUGUCCAAACUGUAGUGCACCCAUGGUUGAUACAUGUGGUUUCGAGUUUGGACUAAACUUCGAAACCUUGUCCAACGCAACUGGCAACUGAACAAGACAUGAAAGGCCCAUCAUGUCAUGUCCUUAACAUUUGCUAAACUACAUUUAAAUGUUAGAUGCUCUCGACAGAUUACAGUCCAUUGGAAGGAACACCCACCAAAACCAACAACCAGGGGCUCAAGGCAAAGAAGGAAAGGCAACUGCUGAAGAUAAUGAUGAGAUAUAACGAGGAAAAGGAAGCUAAGAAAGAAGCAUUUAGGAAGUAUCUUGAGUCCAGUGGAGUUCUUGAUGCUCUCACCAAAGUUUUGGUUGCAUUGUAUGAACAGAAUGAGAAGCCAUCCUCAGCCCUUGAGUUUGUCCAACAAAAAUUAGGCGGUCCAACUGCAUCUGAAUAUGAAAAGCUACAAGCUGAGAUAUCAGAUUUGCAAACAAAGUAUAAUGAGCUCUUGGGCAAGCAUGAGAAUACCUGCAAAGAGUUAGAGGAACUUAAGAAUCUGCACUCUUUGCCAUCUACGAAGGAGACUAUUAAUGGAGAGGCACCCAAGGAUGAGGUCUAAGCAUAUUGAGAAGAAUACAUGUUCUGUUACAAGAAUGUUGGCUGUUGUUGAUAUGAACCAGUUGUUCAAGGUAUAUUACACUUUAUAUGUUACUAAUGUUCGAGGUCUAUUGACUUAUUGACUCUGUAUCCAUUAAUUUUGUUAAUGUCAGUGAAGUAUUUGUUGAUUCCAACUCUUCUGAUAUAUUUUGGAUGAGAGCUUGAGAAAGGGAUAAGGACAUUUAUAGAAAGACCUACUCGAUGAACGGAUCUGCCUCCGGCUGACUUCGGCACCAAACUGCCAAGUCCGGUGCCUACAGGCUACUGGCACUGAUCAGUGACCAGUGUGAAGGAAGGAAGGGCAAGGAGAAGAAUCCAUGCUGGCAUCAAGUUAAUAGGCAUUUCAGUUACCAAACUAUUUUCGUUAAAACAAGAAUUCAAUUUAGUCCAAAUAAUUGAUUAGGUACUUAAUUGAAGUCUAUAAGAAACUAAGUGCUCGAUUAACAUUUUUAGAAUAGUACAAAGAC